GGCAGCGGCGGGAAGGGGCGCGCGCUCCUCUCCCUCACAGGGCUCCGGGGAAACGCCGCUUCCCGCCUCAGGGACCUCCUCAGGGACCUCCUCAGGGACCUCCUCAGGGACCUCCUCAGGGACCUCCUCAGGGACCUCCUCGGUGCCUCCUCAGGGCCCGGAGGAUCCGGUGCUGCCGCUGUUCUGCCCCCGAGGUGAUCUCGGCGGUGGUAGCGCGCCGGGCAGGUACCUUUUGGGCUUGUUAUAAAGAGCAGCUAUGGAGAAGUGGAGCUUAAUGGCAAUUACUGUUCUGCUGGCACUUACUGUACGCUGGGCUGUGUCACUUGGUUCUUACUCAGGUGCAGGAAACCCCCCCAUGUAUGGAGACUAUGAAGCUCAGAGACACUGGCAAGAAGUCACUUACAAUUUACCCCUCAGGCAGUGGUACUUCAAUACAAGUGAUAACAAUUUGCUGUACUGGGGCCUUGAUUAUCCACCUCUGACUGCCUAUCACAGUUUCUUGUGUGCUUACAUUGCAAAGUUAAUAAAUCCUGAUUGGGUUGCUCUGCACACAUCUCGGGGCUAUGAGAGUCAGCCACACAAGUUAUUUAUGCGUACAACAGUGUUUGUUGCUGAUUUGCUGGUGUACAUUCCUGCUGUUAUUUUAUAUUGUUUUUCCUUGAAGGAAACAUCUACUAAAAAGAAGGUUUCCAGUGCUCUCUGCAUCCUGCUUUACCCAGGCCUCAUUCUCAUUGACCAUGGGCACUUCCAGUACAACUCAGUGAGCCUUGGCCUUGCCUUGUGGGGGGUGCUUUUUUUGUCUUAUGACUGGGACCUGCUGGGGUCAGUGGCAUUUUGCUUGGCCUUAAAUUAUAAGCAAAUGGAACUCUACCACUCUCUGCCCUUCUUUUGCUAUUUGCUUGGAAAAUGCUUCAAGAAGGGGCUGAAAGGCAAGGGAUUAGUGUUGUUAACCAAGCUAGCAGGGACAGUGGUGGCUUCCUUUGCUGUCUGCUGGCUCCCCUUCUGUACUGACAUGGAACAAAUGAUGCAAGUGCUCAGAAGACUCUUUCCCAUUGAGAGAGGCUUGUUUGAGGAUAAAGUAGCCAAUAUUUGGUGCAGUCUGAGUGUCCUUAUAAAGAUAAAGAAUAUGGUAUCACCCCAGACUCAGUUAAAACUCAGUUUUGCUGUAACAUUCCUGAGCCUGCUUCCUACUUGUAUAAAACUAACCAUCCAGCCUUCUCUCAGAGGAUUUAAAUUUGCUUUGGUUAGUUGUGCCUUGUCAUUUUUCCUGUUCUCCUUUCAAGUACAUGAAAAAUCUAUCCUUCUGGUGUCAGUACCAGUCUGCUUAAUCAUAAAUGAAAUCCCUUUUAUGGCUACGUGGUUUCUACUUGUAUCAACUUUCAGCAUGCUGCCUCUGCUGCUGAAGGACAGCCUGCUGCUGCCCUACACUGUGACAAGCCUGGCCUUCCUCUCAGCCUGCCUGGCCUCCUUCUCCAUCUUGGAGAAGACUUCAGCAGAAGACCUGCAGCUGAAGCCCUUCUCCCUUUCCCUGAAGGGAUACAUGUCCUGGUUUAAGUCAUUUCCCAAGAUUGUCAGGACUCUGUUUCUUCUUUCCAUAACCCUGAUGGGCAUCCUGUCCCUCCUGAGUGCAGCGGUCCCUCCUCCCCAGAGGUUUCCAGAUCUGUUCCCUGUGUCUGUGUCCAUAAUUUCUUGCUUACACUUUUUAUUAUUUUUGGUGUAUUUUAAUGUUGUUAUGCUCUGGGACUCAAAGAAUAGUAGAAGUCAGAAGAAAAUCAAUUAAUUGACCCGUGAAGAUCAAGGACUAAACUGUGAAAGUAUUUUCAGGAGGUAAAGCUGUGUGUGAUGUCAUACAAUUCCUGUAACCCAAUGGAAAGCAGGAAUCACAUUAUACAAACUUAAACACAAAAUAAUUGAAGCCUGUUUUAAGGGAGAAAUAUGUUGAAGAGCAUUUGGAAAUGUGAUUGGGUGUGUUUCCUUUGGAAGUGUGUUAUAUUUUUCUUACCAUUUGUGAACUUAAAAUCCCUAAUAAAGGACCAAAUUUGG